AUGAGCGGUUACCGAGAAUUGUUUUAUAAUUCGGUGCUAUCAGUUCAAAUGACCAAAUCAAACAAUGAACACCUUGCUCUUACCUUCUGUAAAAGCAAUACUUCGCACGACCAAAGAUAUAUUGAUCAGCAUUCUUGUUUACACACAUUGGGAUUAAAAAUAACCAUUGAGCCUUCAAGCUUCGUAGAGAACUUGGACCCCAAUAGUUUUGAUCAUCCCAAGGACUUUGUGAUAGCUACGGCCCGGGGGAAGGCACAGGAGGUAGCCAAAAGGUUAAGCAUGCCUCAGUCUUCCCCCGACUUUGUCAUAGGGGCUGAUACCUGCGUCACUUUGGAUGGCACUGUUUAUGGCAAGCCCAAAGACAGAGAUCAUGCCUUCAGUAUGUUGAGCAAUCUCAGUGGAAGGAGUCAUGAGGUGCUCACAGGCGUUUGUUUGAUGGUCCACAAAGGAGAGGAAUGGCAGGAGGUUGACUUCAGCGAGACAACCACUGUCAAAUUUGCAACGUUGUCACCUCAAGUUAUCAAUGCUUAUAUUGAUACUGGAGAACCCAUGGACAAGGCUGGUGGUUAUGGCAUUCAGGCUCUUGGAGGCAUGUUAAUAGAAGGAAUACAAGGUGAUUACUAUAAUGUAAUGGGAUUUCCUCUUCAUAGGUUUUGCAAGUCAUUAGUUCCUGUGCUAGAAGAAAUGUUUUCAUAGUGUGCUAGUGUGUAUGAAUGUUUCAUCCUGUUAAUUUAUUUUGAUAGUUGUAAAUGUUUAAAGAAAUGUGUCUUAACAUUUCUGAUACUUUGUUUUAAUGUGAUUCACAUGAUGGAAGAAUAAAGAGCCAUAGGUCAGUUCAAAUGUUCUGUAUAGUGCAGAUAAAAAACAAGUUGAUUUUGGUAUUGCAUUUGAACUUGUGAUAUAUUAUGUAAGAUCAAUAUGAUUUAUAGUUAUACUUUGAAAAAAAAAAAAAAAAUGUUCCUUUGUCUUUUACUGUUUCUUUAUUUCUUGUAAAGAAUGUAUUACGUGCAGGGAUAUUUAAGUGAUGAAUGGAUGAUAUGAAUAAAGCAUUUCAGUGUU